AUGAAGAAAGACUCCGUAGAGGUGGCAGGGUACACCACCCUGGCCCUCGAGCUUCCGAGCACAGAAGCCUACCCCAACCCAGCAACCCACUACCUUUACAUCCGACCACACGACCCCCGAAUCCCAGACCCAGACUCCACCCGCUCCCUCUUCCUCGUCAACACACCCAUCGACACAACCGAAGCGCACAUCCGCGCCCUCUUCGCCACAUCCCUCUCAUCCGGCCGCGUCGAAAAAGUCCAAUUCGAAAACAUCCCCACGAGCAAAAAGCGUGCCGCCGCCGCCGCAGCCGCAGCAACAGAAACAGGCAUCAACUCCUCCCGAGGAAACAGCAAGAAACGCAAACGCGCCCGCACCCUCGCAACAUCCUCAGACCUCCAAGAAACCCUGGACGACAUCACCCUCCCACCAACCUGGACCCGCCAACUGCAAAAAUCCGGCUCGCACGCCAUCGUCAUUUUCGCCGACAAACCCUCAAUGGAAGCAAGCCUUAAAGCAGCCCUCAAAGCGUCGAAAAAGCGCACGCCCAUUCCCUGGGCCGUCGGUGUUCCCGCCGGCCGUGUCGCGGACCUCGGGAUCGCGCGGUACAUCGCGCACGAGAAGAUGCGGUAUCCGGAUCGGGCGGCGCUGUUGCGGUCCGUGAAUGACUUUAUGACUGUUUUCGAGCAGGUGGGUGAGGCGCGGCGUCGCGAGGAGGCGAGGAGACUUUCUGAGCCGGAUGAGGAUGGCUUCGUUACUGUUUCGCAUGGGCCCAAGCUUAAUAGCUUGGCGAGGGAGGAGGAGCUUAAGGCUCUUGUUGAGCGGGAGAAGAAGAAGAAUGAGGGUCUUGAGGACUUUUAUCGGUUCCAGUCGCGGGAGAAGAGGAAGGAGAAGCAGAAUCAGUUACUUAGGGCCUUUGAUGAGGAUAAGCGGAAAUUGCGCGAUAUUAAGGAGCGCAGGGGCAAGAUUAGGCCGGAGUGA